ACCACCGUAGGGCGCGCGCAGCGGAGGGAGACCUUUCUUGCGCGGGCGCGCGCACGCCGCCGUCCUCGUCGUUGUGAGCGCGACCGCGCCGGCUGGCCUGGGGGCGGGGCUGUGGGGGACAGUACUAAAACCGCUGAGGGAAGUCAGGACUCUGUGGGGAAAUGGCUGCAUCUUCGUCAUCCUCCUCAGCUGGUGGAGUCAGUGGGAGUUCCGUCUCUGGAUCCGGGUUCAGUGUCUCGGACCUCGCCCCACCACGGAAAGCCCUUUUCAACUACCCUAAAGGAGCUGGGGAGAUGCUAGAAGAUGGCUCUGAGAGAUUCCUCUGUGAGUCCGUGUUCAGUUACCAGGUGGCGUCCACGCUUAAGCAGGUGAAGCACGAUCAGCAAGUUGCUCGGAUGGAAAAGCUCGCUGGUUUGGUGGAAGAGCUGGAGGCCGAUGAAUGGCGGUUUAAACCUAUCGAACAGCUGCUGGGGUUCACGCCCUCUUCAGGAUGACGUCACCUGGAUGGUCACCACUGGGCACAGCCAGUACAGAGCUGACAAGGCACCCAGAGAGUCCUAGUUGCAACGCUGAACUGCUGGUUUACCUCCAUGCUUGGUUUCUCUGUACUGAUCUUGCAGGGCAAGUUUUUGUUUAUUUGUCUGAGAAAGUGUUAGGAAUCAUGUUAAGAUAGUUGGUUUCACAGAAUUAGGUAACUUAGGUUUAAGAGAUAUUUAUUGGGCUGGUUAUGUAGCUCAGUAAUAGAGUGCUUGCAUGGCAUGCUUAAGGCCCUGGGUUCAAUUUCCAACACCACAAAAAGAAUUCU